AUGGACAUAAGCACCACUAGCUCUUCCCGCAGCGACAAUGAAGAUUUGGAAAAUACGGAAGAAACAGCUCAACAAUGGAUUUAUCGUCACUUGAUAGAGUUUACCAACUGUGAAGACACGUCUGCAAGAAGCUUGGUGGAUGGAGAUUGCUCACCACUAAUUCAGUUGUUAACUGAUAUGACACAAACAAAAAGCUUGUUUAUUACAGUGACCAAGCCCGUGGUUGUUGAUUUUUCUGCGAUAUCCCUGGAUCCACUCCCAGUGCCCACACCAGAAGUACCUCCGGCCAAAAAAACAACAAAGAAAAAAGGAAAACUUCAAGCUCUGAAGAAAAAGAAAAAGAAAACCAAAAGUUCGAAAAUCAAGGUUGAGCCCAAGAAAAAAGAAAAAGUAGUGCCAGAAAUCGUAGAACCUCCACCACCAAUUGUUGAUGCAAUUGUGGAUAUGAUAUUUGAAUGGUGGACGCUGAUAGAUUUACCUCACCACGAACAGUUUAUGUUCAUAAUUCCAAAAAGUCGAGUACCAAACAUCGACGCCAGAUUAGACGAACUGUAUCAUGUUGGCUUUAUGAAAAACCGAAGAUUAUUGAAGGCAGCCUUAUCAUGUUUGGAUACGGUUUUCUAUGACAAGACAACUUUUGCUAUGAAAAUCGACUUAUUGCUACACAUUAAUGAAAUUGAAGACAUGAAAAUGUCAAAGGAGUUGAUCUUUGAAAGAUUCAUAUUAGAAAAUAUCGCGCGAAACUUCAACUUGAAUGGCCGAAUACGCAAUAUUGAUUCUGACGCAAGAUCGAUCACAUUGAUCUUGUCGCAGACUAUUCAGACAUUUUGCUUUCAACCUGAUAUGGGAGAGAGGACAAGGUUGUUGAUACAGCUAUCAUUUUUUGAUAUCGAGUAUCUUGGCUCAUUUCCUGAUAUUGAAAUUACAGCAGCCAGACUUGAAAAAGCCCUAUGUCACAUUUCCUUAUUACAAUUCCUAUACAAAGAAGAUAUUAGUGACUGGACCCGGAAAACAUAUUUAUACCUAUUGGACCUGUUCUCUACAAUCCUUGCCCAUGAAAUAACAAAAAAGUCAAACUUCAUGACAAACUACAGCCCGGAGAAUAAAGUCGGACCAAUUUGCGCGAGUUUCAAGAAAGUUGUGCAAAAGCUCGUCAGCGUGAGUCGUGAGGUUUUUGAGACGCAAGAGGACUGGUCUGCAACCAACAAAGUUUCGUUUUCGUUUUACAUAGUUGGAAUACUGGAAGAAGAAAUUGAUAGCAUUAUUGAGAAAGUUGAAGAAAUGAAUAGCGAAGCUAGAGACAUGAGCCUGGAUAGAAGUGCAAUGCAAGCGACAAAAGUGAUUUUGACAGAACUGGAUGCAUAUCUGCAGGAAAAAUGUCUAGAAAGUGCAGUGGAGAGUGGAAAUCUUGAGUCUCUUCGAAGCCUUGCUGCAACUAUAGUCAAACACAACAAACGCCUCGAACGAGUUGUUGCUCUAUAUUAGACUAAUAAUAUGUGGUGGAAUAUCUUAUAUAUUUCGUUUCCUGGUUGAGGUACUACAUAGUGUCUUCAUUUAUUUUGAAAAAUAUCAACCUUGUUUAUACUUGUUUCAUUUUCUCAUUUCAUCUUUAUAAUACAAUUAAAUCAAAUAAAAAGCGAA